GUCGAUUUCUUUCCAGCUCUAGCGUCACUUUUGAAAAUAUAAAUAAUAAACAAUUUGUAGCGAGACAAUUCUACGUUUUUGGGCUAAACCCACACGCGUGCAAUAUGUACAACAACCUGGACCUGAACGCCCUCACUGUGGACGAUAUUGUGGAAGAAUACAAGCUGCUCCACCACCGCCAUCAGCAGCUGAAGUCGCAAAGCGACCAGGAUGCCCAAAGGAUCUAUGAGCUCAAGCGCAAUCUGGACACAGCUCUGGCUGCGGAAGCUUAUCUGACACAGGAAUUGGAACAACUUAGCUCUCAGCCGCAGCAGUCCAACUCUAGCGGAGAUUCGCUGGAGCUUGAGGAUUUGCGGCGCAAGUAUCGUAAUCUCCAAGAAGAGCAGGAGUCUCUGCAGCAGGACUACGACCAGAAGGCGGAGGAGGCAAAGGAUUUGAAAAAGCAACUGGAGGCUAAGGAAAGGGAGCUGUCGGAGCGAGCCAGCUUGGGUUCCCGGGAUCUUCAUGAGGAGUGUGCGGCGCGUCUGAAUGCCUUGGAGCUGGAGAACUGCGAUCUGAUGCAGAAAUUGGCGGAUUACGAGGAGAACAGUGUAAAAAUAACGCUUUCGGUGGCCGAAAAGGAUAAAACUCUUGAAUGCCUGGCAGAUCGCGUGAGUUGCCUGGAACAGAAUCUCACCUGCAAGCGCGAUGAGUUGGAGGAGAAGCUCCAGCUGCUAGAAAGCUGUCAGGAGCAGCUGGUGGAUGCCAAUGCCAAGAUAGCCUUGCUUACCACGGCUCCUGAGAAUAAUGAUCGCAAGGGCAAUUCUCUGUUCGCCGAGGUGGAUGACCAAAGACAGGCCAUGAAGCAGCUGCUGGCUGCCCAGAAAAAGAGCUAUUUGGACAUGAAGAAGACCUACGCGGAUAGCCAGUUUGAGAUAAGACGCUUGAAGCGAGAGAAUGUGGCCAUGCAUACAGAGCUCCAGGCAUGCAGCACGAUUUUUUGCAGUGCAGACAAGACAUAUAGAAGCAAGUUGAACGAACGCAUUCGUUAUUUAAUGGCCGCCAACGAUAGUCUGGAAAAGCAGCUAAAUCUCUCUCAGGAGCGUCUGCGUGAUAUGGCCAAAGAAAAGGCGGUCAACUGGCUGGAUUCGAUGUUGGAUUUCUGCAAACGCGAAACACAUGAGCUGAAGACGCAGGUUCACAGUUUGCGUAUCCAAAAGGCCGGACUGGAAGAUCAGAUGCGGUCAGUGCAGCAGGAAAUGGCACGUUGGCGCUUUGAGUCCCUGAAAUCCCGCUGCGUGCUCAUAGAUCGCGAGAAUUUGCUGACGGAGCACAAGAUUGGCUUUAAGCCCAUGCAGGCCAUGGAGUUUAAUAUACAGGAGGAGGAACUUAAGGCUGCGCUGCCUCGAAUUGCAACUCCCUUGGCUCCUGCUACUCCCCUUGAAAUGCCUGCACAAAACGAAAUAAUAAUACUCGAUACACCAAUGAAAAUGGGUCCAGAAGAGGAGCCAUUUUUGGUUAAAGGAAGCCCUAAGGAAAUUAAAAUGGAGCCAGGCUUCAAUCCCUUGGAAAAACUUAAUGCUGUUAAGACCAAAAUGGGUUUCAAAAUUAAAAGGGAAGAAGUUUCAGCAAUGGAAGAAAAAGAACAGGAAAAUAUACCAAAAGAAGAAACCCUAACAAUUAAACAAGAGGCACACCAGGAUAAUACCAACAACGAAGCACUAUUGGUUAAGGAAGAGAUAACUCAGGUACCAAUACCCAAACCGCAAAUGAAAGGCACACCUGUCAGGGGUCUUCUAAACUCUUUAAAAAUCAAAGAGGAAGAGGAAUCACCUCAGCCUCUAAAAGAUCUAAACCAGAAUGAGUUAGAAAUGGAAAUGGCUACGGAAACCCUUCCCAAACCCUUAAAGAAAGGCACACCAGUUAAAAACUGCUUGGGCGCCCUGAAAGUCAAGUCUAACAAUGAAUUGCUCGGCCAAAUAGAACAGCCUGCUAAGCCUCAACGCAAGGGAACUCCUGUAAAAAAAUUACAUUUUGCAAAUAGUAAUACGGAAAGCGAUGAUGAAGAGGAACCAUCAAGUGCCGGCACACCCUCAAAGACAGACAUAGGGUGCAUAGAAAUCAUUGAUAGCUCCGCGCCUCAUAAACCUCAGCGUAAGGGUACACCAGUACGAAUUCCUGUUAUCAAAGAUUCCACAAAUGAUAAUGUACGCUCCAUUUUGGCCAAGAAAAGGGAUAUUUUUGCUGAGGACUCCCACAAGGUGGUCAAAUUCAGCGAGAAUGAUCCCACCAUUCACAAUUUGAGUCCAGUUGAGCAUGCUGCCAAGGAGAAUGAGAAGCCUUCGGAAUCGGAGGAUGUCAAGGAUAUUAAGCCCACAAUUCGAAGACCAGUCGUACGUCGCAUUGUUGUGUCCUCGCGGAAACCAACAAUGAAAUGAUCACGAGAACUUCUGAAAUUUUGGACCACUAAUCAAUUAAUUAGACUACUAAAUGUGAGUGUAAAAGGAUUCAAAUAUAGAUAAUAUAAU